CAUAGGUAGCCCUAUGAUGAUAUAUAGAGUAGACGACUUAUGGUUAAACCGCGUUGGGAAGUGGCCCAGAUUACAGAGACUUUGCAGUAUCAAGUCCUAACCCGAUAUCUGUACGGCCGCUAAGCGCUUAAGACUUUUUAAUACUUUCAUAGGAUUUCGUGAAAACCGCCCUGCAUUUGCAGUGGCAGUGAUUUGUAAGAUAUUAACGGCGCGGACAACCGGUUUCAUGACAAGGAUUUUCGAGUGGAUGAUCGCGGAUUUAUUUAUGUUUUUCCGGUGUUUUAUUGAGAUUUUCGUUAUCCGGCUAGUGCUACAAGGACUGUGAUAGAUUUGUGAUUCGAGGAGUUUGCUUGGACAUCGCACGAGGAUUCUAACAGGUGUUCUGCACACAUCAAAAGUGAUGUUAUCGACCUGGACGCCGUAAAGUAAAACCUAGAAAAAAUAAUUUUAUCGCGCGCGCGUGCAUUCCAACUUAAAUCCUGUAAUAAUUCAAAUGGAACGGAUGGAAUCGCUGUCUGAUCCAGCAUUGUGCCUCCAAGACCUGGUGACGGGAGUAACAACAUCGUCUGCAAAUUCGGACAUUCAUGGAGUUCAUCAUCUACAUGACUCCGUUAGUUCAGCAGUGUCUGUUAGUUCAGCAAUUACCGGAAUUAUGAGCGGAGCUUCGGCUUCGGUCUUGGGACAUCACGUGACGUCCCAUGAACCGCCGCACCACCAUGGAGUCGUGCCCCACACGCCGUCCCUGCAUCACGAGCCUCUGGAAAAACUAAAACGUGUUUGGGCCGAGACCGGAGAUUUCCGCGACGCCCAUUCCGGAAUGUCUGGAUCCACCACGAUGGACCACCCCCAACUGCCUUUUCCUACCGCCACUAGGAACAGUCGAACGAGAGAUCGGAAAGGUAGCAGAUCGUUAUCAGACCCUAUCAAAACCGAAUCCGGAGUGGGCGUCGACUCGACCGACGGUGAUGAUGGAAAAAAUGACAAGAAAACGAAAAGACAAAGAAGACAACGGACACACUUCACUAGUCAGCAGCUUCAGGAGCUUGAAGCUACCUUUGCUAGGAAUCGGUAUCCUGAUAUGAGCACCAGGGAAGAGAUUGCGAUGUGGACGAAUUUGACGGAGGCGAGAGUUAGGGUGUGGUUCAAAAAUCGACGUGCCAAGUGGCGAAAACGCGAACGCAACGCCAUGAACGCAAUGAACGCCGCCGCCGAGUUUAAAACGGGCUUCGGCACCCAGUUCAACGGGCUGAUGCCCACCUUCGGCGACACAGACACCCUGUAUUCCUCCUACAGCUACAACAACUGGGCCACCAAAGUCCCAAGUCCCCUGGGCACCAAGCCCUUCUGGUCGGUGGUGCCGCCCAACCACCACCAGAGCCCCGUCAACUGCUUCAACGCCGCCACGUCGGUGGCGGCAGCGUCCAUGUCGGGGGCGGCCGGCACCAUGCUCCCCGGAGGCAUGAGCUCUGGACUGACCAGCACCCCGACGGCCGUGGCGCCCCAGCCGUGCCCUUACACCACCCCCGCCAACCCCUACUCCAUGUAUCAUCACCGGGCGGCGACGGAGCCCUGCACCGCCAUGUCCUCCAGCAUAGCGUCCUUGAGGCUCAAGGCCAAGCAGCACACCGGAUUCGUAGGGUAUUCGAGCGUUAGUCCAGUGAGGUCCAGUUCGGCGGGGCUUUCUGCUUGCCAGUAUGCAGGAAGCGGAAUCGGGGUGAGCGAGAGGCCUGGCUGAGAGCACGAUCUGGCCUUGGUGGCCCAAUUAAAACACGAAGACCAAGACGAUUGAUAAGAUAAGUGCGGGCUGUUUGAACAAGCUGCUUUGUUGUACAGUCGGUUUGCCGGUGAUAAGGACGCCAAAAUGGCAGGCGAAUUGCAGUGUCCAUUCCGCGGAUUUAGUUAGGCGUAAUUUUUGACUAACCCUAAUUUUUUUAAAUAGUUUUAGUAUUAUUUUUACUGGAUGUGGAGACAGGUAUUCAUUUUAGCGACGUGUUAAAUGUUCAAGUUAUCAGAAGUGAAUGAAUUUUGGAUUUACCAAGUAUCUCAAAGCCAUACAGCACGCUUCUAUUUUUUGACUAUGAAUAUACAGAAACGGAUUAUAAACAUGAUUCACAAUUUAAUGUCUUUUACUCGUAGUCAAUAAUCUGUCAAAUGCCAGUCUUUGCAUUCUACCCCAUCACCUACAUAAAACAGUUCGGUCAUUAAGUGCCGAUUACACCGCUGUAGAUUCGUCAAGCAGGCUUAGAAAGUAUUAACCCAAAUAGACGGAGUUUACGACAUUUAAUAAUUUUGUUAACCACCAACUUAUGACUAUAUUUCAGACCAAAAAAAAAAACGUGGUCUAAUUUAUUCAUGUUUGUCAAGCUCGAUCAGGCAAACUUUUAGGUGUGUAACUAUGCCUUUAGUAGAACACUAGUUUGCACAAAAUUCUUUCGCCUGGAGAAUAUCAGUAACCAUUUCGAUCUGAUGAUUGUUCUUCUGGAUUCUUUAUAUUAAUACACUUCUUUUUGCAUAGACGACUACAGUACUAUUAGUUACUUCCAAGUUUAUGGUAGGUGCAUUCAUUUAAAUGUGAGUAUCAUAAUGUUACAUUGACGUAAUGAUACGAUAUCCACGUCAAAACUGUCAAAACAAGAACAAACAUACCAACUGAAAUUAAAAAAUAAUAAUAAACAGUACUUGGAUUGGAGUACAGGAUUGUACGGCUCUUGAGAUAUUUGUGAAAACAUAAUUUACUCUUAAAAAUGAAAUAAAACCAAUAUUUAAAAUAUUGUUGAAAUAAAUAGCCGUCUUUGUAGAAAAUCGAGUUGAAAUACCUAUUUCCACAAACAUUGUACGCUUGUAAAAAAUUAUAUGAAUCACAUUUAGUAAUAACUGCGUUUUUGACUCGGUGACGCUUCAUAUUUACAAUAAAACCAUUGGGUUUUUCAAAAAAAAAACCUGAAUCCCCUUUAUUAAUUGCGCCUAACUAAAUAUUUGUCGUUUCGACCCUUUCCCUUUUCCAUUUGUCAGGAUAAUUAAUUAUCUGCUGUGCAAUAAAACGUACAGUCGUCCUUUCCAUGUUGGCACCUGAUAAUAUAAAUUUUAUUUGUUUAUAAAUAGUUUAGUGCACAGGCUGGUAGGUAAUUAUUUCAAUGGCAAAUGCGAACGGGCGUUAAUCGAUUAGUUCGAAAUUAAGACUUCCAUAGAGCAAUAUCUGGUCUGCGUGUUGUAUCAAAAUUUGUAAAUAAAAAUUCUAGUUUUGAUGUCGAUUUGUAAAGUAGAUGAUUUAUUCCGUUUGGGGCGCGUUUUAAAAUUAUAAAAAAUAACGUAGUGUCUAGUAAUUAAUAACGUAAAUUAUACCGCCCCUCACCUGAGUUUUAAUUAAUUGUGAAUUAUCGCCAUGUAAAAUAAUACCCAGACUUCCACGUGCCAUACAUUUAAUUUAGUUUAAUAGGAUUCAUCGUUCGAAAUGAAUGUUUUCUGCUCAAUUACACUAAAGUGAUGAUGCAAGAUUUUUUUGUUGAGUAUGUUAUAGUUUAGGUAUUACAUUUGCAAUGGUGUAGUACAAAGUUCUAGCCAAAUAUUAUAUUUUAUGGUCGUGCCAAAUAAUUUCCAAAGAUUUAAUUGUUUAAGUUUAUUGUUCUUUAUUAAAGGAAAUAGAUGAGAUUGGCGGUGGCCCUUUUUGUAGGCCAUCAGUACAAAGGCUGCAAAGUGCAAUGUAAUAUAGUAGUAAUCUGAUGCGUGUUGUGAACAAUCGAAUGAAUGAGAGCUGUUUAAGUACUUACUUAUUUGUAAGAUAUUUGAAUAGAUUGUAUAGUGAUAUCCCCACAAAACUAUUGUACCUAUCUCCUACAAUUAUACUCUGUGCAUAUCGUUUGUAACUGUUUGAACAUUUUCAAUCAUCUAGUCACAAUAAAAUUAAUCCAUACUUA